AACACUAUUUUUCCAACACUUAAUAACAAACGUCUUUUUCUUGAGAAAGAGACAGAUUUCUACUCUCUGUCCUCUCCCUAUCUCAUGUCCUUUUGUUUAUCCUCUCAACCCCACACACUCUAUCUCUCUCGUUAUUCCAACAGCAGAACCAAGUGUGAACAAAAUUACAUCCACAACUUUUAAUUGCAAUUGCAGUUACAGAGUUGGCAACAAGUUAUAUUCUCUUUGCUUUUAUAAUUCUGGACUUUAGACUAGUAAUUGAAAUAGUAUACAAAUCAGCAACGAUGAAUCGAAUAUCAGUGGCAGUGGCGGUGAUUCUCGCAGGGUGGACUUAUAUGGCUAUAAAGCCUCCUCCACCAAAAAUAUGUGGAUCCAUUAAUGGUCCACCAGUUACUUCACCUAGAGUGAAACUCAGUGAUGGGAGACAUUUGGCCUACCGAGAGUUUGGUUUUCCGAAGGAAGAAGCUAGGUACAAGAUCAUUGCCAUUCACGGAUAUGGCAGUUCCAAAGAUGCACAUUUGCCUGUUUCUCAAGAACUUAUUGACGAUCUAAGGAUAUAUUUCCUCCACUUCGACAGAGCCGGGUAUGGUGAGAGUGAUCCAUAUCCAUCGCGUUCAGUGAAGAGUGAAGCAUAUGAUAUUCAAGAACUAGCAGAUAACUUGCAGAUUGGGGAAAAGUUCUAUAUCCUUGGAGUGUCAAUGGGAGCUUACUCUGUUUGGAGCUGCCUAAAAUACAUUCCACAUAGAUUAUCAGGAGCUGCCUUGGUAGUUCCAUUUGUAAGUUAUUGGUGGCCUUCUUUUCCUGAUAAUCUAUCAAGAGAAGCCUUUCAAAUGCUGCCUCAAUCAGACCAAUGGACAUUCCGAGUCGCGCGUUACACUCCUUGGUUAUUCCAUUGGUGGAUGACUCAAAAAUGGUUUCCUUCAUUGAGUUUCACAAAGAUUGAAAUGCUCAGUUCUGAUGAUGUAGAGAUUCUUAAGAGCCUCUCAGAAACCCCAAACACUGGCAAGGAGAAAAUAACUCAGCAAGGUGAAUACGAAUCAUUACACCGAGAUAUAAUGGCGGGUUUUGGAAAGUGGGAAUUCGGACCAACUGAAAUAAAAAAUCCAUUCCCUGACAAUGAUGGUUCAGUCCACAUUUGGCAAGGGUUUGAAGAUAGGAUCAUUCCGUAUACAGUGAACCGCUACAUCUCGCAGAAACUUCCAUGGAUUCGUUAUCACGAGGUUCCUGAUGGAGGUCAUCUAUUUAUCUUGAAGAAUAAGCAAUGCGAGUCCAUAAUUAGAGCACUUAUAUACUCAUAAGAUAUCUCAUAUGAUAUUAUAUAGUGUGUUCUGUAAACCAAUAGCUAGUAAAUUCUGUAAGAAAUUGUAAUAAAUUUCUAUGAAGAGGUGUAUACUCUCGAAGUUGUUUGUGUGAGAUUAGUAGUCUUUUUGGUUUUUGUUGAGUAAGAUAGUAGUCUUUUUGGUUAUUGUAUAUUAAUAUAAAUUCUAGUAAUAAAAUUUGCCUAAUAACUCUCUUGAGUGGAGAA